GCUUUCUACCCCGAGUGAGUCACAUGACCGAGCCGCUGGAUACAGUCACACGUUGAGAUCCUGUCUGCUUUCAGUAAGGAAGCACCGGAGACAAGAUGACGUUCAUCGCCAAGACCUUUUACGACCUGAGGGCCACCACGGUGGAGGGAGACUCGGUUGAUUUUAACGUGUUUAGGGGCCGUGUUAUCUUGAUCGAGAAUGUGGCCUCGCUCUGAGGCACCACCACCCGGGACUACAGUGAGCUCAGCCUGCUUCAGAGCAAGUACCCUCAUCGACUGGUGGUCCUGGGUUUUCCCUGUAACCAGUUUGGAUAUCAGGAGAACUGCUCCAAUGGUGAGAUCCUGAAUUCCCUGCAGCAUGUGCGUCCAGGCAGCGGCUAUCAGCCCAACUUCACCAUCUUUGAAAAGUGUGAUGUCAACGGCACAAACACACACCCAGUGUUUGCCUAUCUCAAAGACAAGCUCCCCUACCCCGACGAUGACCCAAACUCCCUCAUGCAGGACCCCAAGUUCCUGGUUUGGAGUCCCAUCUGCCGCACUGAUGUCUCAUGGAACUUUGAGAAAUUCCUCAUCGGACCAGAGGGAGAGCCUUUUAAAAGAUACAGCAAAAAGUUCCCCACAAUUGACAUCGAGCCUGACAUUCAGAGACUGCUGAGAUUAACAAAAACCUAAGAAUCAUCUCCAUGUCUUAACAAGUCCUUAUCCAUCAUACUUAAAGCUGAUAUGCUAUCCUCCACACUUUUAAGCCUUAUUUAAUGAAGGUGAUAUUCUAAAAAGCUGAGGGAAUAUUAUCUGAGGCCUUAUAAGUGCUUAAGAGUAGUGGAAGAAUGAAUUCAAUGUAUUUGAAAGGAAUUAUACAAAGUAAUUAAAAGAUUAAUUGUGGGGAUACGUCAUAGGAAUUGCCACUUUCAUUUACAUGUCUUUUUCUCUCCUACUCUAUCCUGGCCAGCAGAUGGUGCUGCUGACUUGAUUAAACAAACAGAAAACUUUCAUCAUGAUUUUAUGAAUUAACAUUCCGCACACACACUCUCACAUAAUGUUUGCUCUUGA